AUGGGUGUCACCGGCCUUUGGACGGUCGUGCAGCCCUGCGCUCGCCCCAUCAAACUCGAAACGCUCAAUAAGAAACGACUAGCUGUCGACGCGUCGAUCUGGAUCUAUCAAUUCCUGAAAGCGGUACGAGACAAAGAAGGCAAUGCGCUCCGAAAUUCUCACGUCGUUGGAUUCUUUCGUCGCAUAUGCAAGCUACUAUAUUUUGGGAUCCGGCCCGUCUUCGUCUUCGAUGGCGGAGCUCCGGCCCUAAAAAGGCAGACAAUCGCUGGCCGAAAGAAGAGACGCGAGGGUCACAGAGAAGAUGCUGCAAGGACUGCGGGAAAGUUGCUUGCCGUCCAAAUGCAACGCAGUGCGGAGGAGGAGAACGCUCGUCGACGUAAUAAGACCCAGAUACAGGAAGAGGAAGAGGUGCCAGAUGCUCCGGUAUAUGCGGAGGAAGCUUUUAUGACAGAGACAGAAAAGCAACAAAGUCGCAAGUUCAAGAAGAAGGAUGCGUACCACCUACCUAAGCUAGAUGUCUCGCUUGAAGAUAUGGGAGCACCAAACGACCCACGCAUCAUGUCCCAAGAGGAACUGGAGGAGUAUGCUAGACAUUUUCACCAGGGUCAAGAUAUCAAUCUUUACGAUUUUUCCAAAAUCGACUUCGACAGCAUGUUUUUUCUUAGCCUGCCCGCCACUGAUCGCUAUAACAUCUUGAAUGCAGCGAGGUUAAGAAGCCGACUUCGAAUGGGCUAUUCGAAGGAGCAGCUAGAUACUAUGUUUCCCGACCGCAUGGCAUUCUCGAAAUUUCAAAUCGAUCGUGUCGCGGAACGUAAUGACCUUACGCAAAGAUUAAUGAAUAUAAACGGCAUGAACGGAGAAGAAGCAUUUUACAAGUCCGGGCAGCGCAUCGCAGGAGAACGUGGAAGGGAAUACGUGCUUGUCAAGGAUAGCGAACAUGAAGGUGGUUGGGUCCUAGGUGUUGUGGGAAAUAGGGAAGGCCACGAAGAAAGGCCCAUCGAUCUAGAUCGACCCGAUAUACUGUCCGAGGAGGAUGAGGUGUCGUCCGAAGAUGAGUUCGAGGAUGUUCCAAUCGAAGGUCUCAACCGACUUCCCAAACUUCCUUUUCUUCGAGAAGGUGUAUUCGACCGAUCGAUUCAACUUCAAAGGGACGAAAAUUCAGACAUGAGAAGGGCUAUACAAGAAUCUCGCCAUGCUGCGCAGCGACAGCCAGUAAAUGAACGUCGUGUAAAAGAGGUUGAGGAUGACUCGCUUUUUGUUGCAGCCGAGGGAAAUAUUGGUGCACAGCAGCAGAACAACGACACUGAUGAAUUCUUUGAAGGCGACGACGACGAUCUCGAACGAGCUAUUGCCCUUUCUUUACAACCAGAUAACGUUGAAGAUGAAUAUAUGCCUGACAUACCCAUUCAUCGACCUAUCGAACCAGCUCCACCUUCUGAGAUGGCGCCAGAUCUUGAUUCCGAGAGCGAUGAUGGAAUGGACUUUGCUGCUGCGAUGGCAAAAACAAAGGUCCCGAAGAAAGCCACAUAUGCACCAAAUCCAUUCGGUGGCCCUCUCCCGUUUGAAUCUAUCAAACUCACUAAAGUCACAAAAGAUAAUAAAGCUGGCGAGGUUGGUGAAAAUGCAGGGGGUUUCGUGAAGGAACCUGCAAAGAAAUCAAAACAGGCGGACCCACUUCCUCCAUGGUUUGUUGGUGAGCCUUUGGAUGCGGGAUUCAUCGUUGAUCCCAUUGUAGAUCCUGAAAAUGAUGAGCAAUCUGCAGCGCCAGAUCAUCUGUUUCUCUCUAACCGUCGCUCGCCAGAAAUUAUCGAUGUUGACGAAAUAUCCGCUACUAAGGAAGUUGUGGAUCUAGAGGAAGAGGAAGAGGAGGAAGAGGAAUACGAACAGCAAGACAACAAACCCGAACACGCCUUUCAAAUGAACGAUAUCGAAAAGAUUUACAACGAGCUUUCUACAAAUAUUGAUGAGAAGCCUUUGAGCGAACCAGCUCCACCCCCGAUCAAUAAAAAUCUUGAUGAAACUUUACUUGAGCGCCCUGGAACACAAAUUCAGGAACAAGUACCCGCGCUUGGAGACCAGUCUGUACGCAGCGAACAUUCUCCUUCGCUAGAAUUCGAAGAUGUCCCACAGCCGCCUAUUCAAGGCCCCGAAAUCACAGUUGUAUCCCAUCAAAAGACCCAGCCCCAGCCUCAGCUCUUCGAAGAGGUUGACCCGGAAGAUUUCGUGCAGGAACAGGCCGACUACAGUGACCCGGAGGAUGAAGAUUUGUUCAAACAGCUUGCAGCUGAGGGCGAGGAGCAUGUGCGCUUUGCCAAUACUCUUAAUCAUGCUGCCCCCAAUCAGGAAGCCUUUGACUACGAGCAAGAGCUGAAGCAACUACGAUCUCAGCAGAGAAAUGAGCGUCGUGAUGCAGACGAGGUGACUACUAUUAUGAUUAAUGAGUGUCAACAGCUCUUGACGCUCUUCGGAUUGCCCUAUAUCACUGCGCCUAUGGAAGCUGAAGCGCAGUGCGCCAAAUUGGUGUCACUAGGCCUUGUAGACGGGAUUGUCACGGAUGACAGUGAUAUCUUCCUCUUCGGAGGAACGCGCGUCUACAAAAACAUGUUCAAUCAAAGUAAAUUCGUCGAGUGCUACUUGACGUCCGACUUGGAGAAAGAGUACGCCCUCGAUCGACAGAAGCUUAUUAGCUUUGCCCAUCUUUUGGGCAGCGAUUACACAGAGGGAAUUCCUGGGGUUGGUCCUGUUACCGCCCUAGAGAUACUCACCGAAUUUUCUAACCUCAAGGAAUUCCGCGCUUGGUGGUCUGAAUUGCAAAUGGGUACAAAUAAUGCAGAAUAUGCUCACCUUGCCUUCCGGAAGAAAUUUCGAAAGAAGGCAUCCAAGAUCUUCUUGCCUCCUUCGUUCCCUGAUACCAAAGUUGACGAGGCAUACCUGGAACCCGUGGUUGACACCGACCCUUCCCAAUUCCAAUGGGGUGUUCCCGAUUUGAAUGGGUUACGAUCCUUCCUCAUGACCACAAUCGGCUGGAGCCAAGAGCGGACGGACGAAGUUCUGGUACCGGUCAUUCGCGACAUGAAUCGUCGAGAACAGGAAGGCACACAGUCCAACAUCACACAAUUCAUGCAAGGCCCACAGGGCGCUGGUGCAUUUGCGCCUCGUGCUCGUACAGGCGGACCCAGCCGCAUGGAAAAGGCAUUUAGUCGACUACGUCAGGAAGCUCAGACAGGGAGAACAUCACUGGGCGACCAGCCAACUACCGGAGGUGGGGAAGGAGAAGAAGCCUCGGCUUCACAAAAUAAAGGCAAAAGAGGUGCUUCAACUGCCAAGGCCAAGGCUAGCACGAAUAAGAAGCGAAAGACCCGUCCCGCCAACUCUCCUGAAUCAUGA